AUGGAGUGUGUGACUUCGUGCUCUAUGUCAGUGUUGAUAAACGGCUCGCCUUCUAAGCUGUUCAAGAUGAAAAGGGGCCUGCGACAAGGUGAUCCUCUGUCUCUGUUCCUUUUUGUACUUGUUGUGGAUGUCUUACAUAGAAUGCUUGAAGAAGCAGUGAGAAACGGUCGCUUAUCACCAUUGCUGGUUGGAAGAGAUCAUAUUGAGUUGUCGCAUCUACAGUUCGCUGAUGAUACUAUUUUGUUCUACCCUCCCGAGGAUGAGACCAUUAAGAACUACAAGAGGUUGCUUCGGUGCUUUGAGGUGAUGUCAGGAUUAAGUAUUAAUUUCGAGAAGUCGAGUUUAAUUCCUAUCAACUGUGAUGAGCAGUGGGUACGACGCAUGUGUAGUGUGUUAGGAUGCAAGCAAGACUCCCUUCCAGUUAAAUAUCUGGGUAUCUCAUUAGGCGCGAACCCAAGUCUACCGGUUUAUUAUUUGAGCCUAUACAAGAUGCCGAAGGAUGUUGCAGAGAAACCGAUUUCCUUACAAAGAAGAUUUUUAUGGAGUAAGGAGGGUGGGAGGACUGGUAUGGCCUUGGUGAAGUGGGAAGUGGUGCAGGCUCCUAAGAGGUUAGGCGGGUUGGGAGUUGGAGAUGCUGUGAUACGCAAUACUGCCCUUCUGUUUAAGUGGUGGUGGCGGUUCUCCAAGGAAGAAUGUCUGUUGUGGAAGAAGGUGAGGCUACCUGAUCGGGGGGGUCCGUGGAAGGACAUUUGUCAACUACAGUUUAAGAAUCAAGAAGUUAGACAUAAGAUGAUUACUGGAUUGGCUUUGGAGGUGGGUGAUGGGGGACGCACUCGAUUUUGGGAGGAUAUCUGGAUUAGUGGAGGGUCUUUGAAAGAUCGAUUCCCAAGGCUCUUCUCUGUUUCAAGCCAAAGAGGAUCACUGAUAGGGGAUUGUGGGUUUUGGGACAGGUGUGGUGUACUUGGAUAUCUCAUGUUGGUCUACUAUGAAUAUGCCCGGGUACAGUAA